UCAUAUCGGUUUUGGUCGUUUCGGAGUAUGUUAGCAUUUAAUAUUCGGCGAAGUACUAUAUUUUGGUUAUAAUUGGAUUGUUAAUAUCGAAAUGAUGAUUGACAAGCCAGUUGGUGUGAUAAACGAAGGUCGAGGAGACAUGGAAGGCAGUCACCAUAAUUCGGAGAAGGAGGAAGGGGAGUUGUCAUCAGAUGAUGACUACCAGACCAAAUUAUCUGAGAUGCAGACUUACAUCCCAUUUCUACAGCAAAUGAUUCAACGUCUAGAACAGUCAAAUGACAAAAGUCGUGAGGCUCAACUUAGUAAAAUGAAGAGUCUUUAUGGCAUCCUCAGCAAUACAAAAAAAAAGUUGAAGGUGGAAACUUUAAAGAAGUGUGAAGAUGUUUUGAGCAAUUUAAGAAACAAAGUUGAAAAGAGCACAAGUCAUAAAGAAGGAAACAAAAUGAAAAAGAAGAUUCAUAGAGAAUUAUCACAUUCAGUAAAGAAUGCUGUGAUAUCUGAUUCAAGUAACUCCAGCCCAAGUGAUCAAAUGACAUCUCGCUUUAAGCGUGCUAGUGAAAGUGAUGAUUCCAGAGUUGGAGAGAAAACAUCAGAUCAUGAAGCAGUUGUUAGUUCAACUACCCAGUCUUGUGAUUCAGAAAAUCCUGUGACCGAUGUAGUUAGAGCUUUGAAACUUGCUGCAGCUCGUAACAAUCUUCGCAAUAAAUUGGAAAAUGUGAAGACUGCUAUUCAUUCUCCUGGUCACAGUGACGACUCUAAAGGAAAUGUCUCCAGCAGUAGUCCUUCUCAUUUGGUUUCAUCAUCUUCACCCCCCAAACCGACUUAUCACGAAAGGGGAGAAUAUCAUACUAAAGAGGGAUUGGAACAAAGUAGGGAAAGAUUGAAAAAGUUAAUGGGGCAUCAUCUCACUGCCACACCUUCACCUCCAUAUCAGUCACCCGGUGAAACACACAAUAGAUCUUAUGAGAGGAGUAAUGUUGAUGCUGUAUCUCCUAAAACAGAAUGGUUAUAUACCCAAGACAAUUCUUGGGAAAAAUAUUCUGGUGCCCAAUCUGUAGGAAGUGACAGUUGUGACGGUGAACUGUUUACUAGGAGAAAUGGUUGGAAUACAGAAAAACAUAGGAAUAUUGUUCCAAGUUCAAGUUUUAAUGCCUUCCAGGAUGAGAAUAGUUCCAAAACUGAGAAUAAGGUGCGAACUUUUGAAAAAUCGCCAAAGAAUGAAGUAAAUCUCAAAUCUCCAAAACCUGUGAAGUCACACUUACCUUCUUCACCUCCACCACCUUCGAAAGUAUUUUCCCCUGAGCGUGGUGAUGACAGUGAUAAAAGUGAUGGUGGAAGUGGAUCAAGAAGCAUAAGGGCAAAAUUAGAGCAAGAAAUCCACAAGGUUCACCGAGUAGGCGUCAGUACAGGUGGUGCUUUACGUAGUUUAGUGGUUAAAGAUGAUAGAAAUAGACCAUCGAGUAAAGGAAAGUCAGAGAGUGAAUCUCCCAGAUGUGUGAAGUCUGUUGAGAGUUUUGAAAAACUUAGUCUAGAUAACGACAGGGAACGAUUGAAUAAAAUUGCUGAAAAACCUGUUGAUCCCCGGCGGCAACAUAAUACUGAUCGAUCGCCUCCUUUAAAAAGCAGUACUAGUAAUGUUAAAAGUUGUACAGAUACUGUACAGUCAAAGAGAAAACCUUCCACCAAAUUAGUAACUUGUGACAAUGCUGGUAGAAGCAAGGAGGGAAAAGAAGGUGCUGAGAUGUUUUCUGGUAUGAGUCAUGAGGAGCUCCAAAGAAUAGUCUCAGAGAACCUUCGUAAUCUUCCAUCACCUCCUCCAAUCACAAAAGAGAUACUUGAAACUGUAAAGAUAUCUCCAAAAGGCAUUCCUAAUCCACUCCCUUCUUGGCCAAUACUUAAUCUACCACCUAAGAUUCCAUCCACUCCAGCAUCACCUGAUGAAGCGUUUCAUCAAACCCCUUACACCCAUCCAGAUGCCUGCUUUGGAACUUCACAAUCUUUUGAAACGGGUCGACAAGCCCUUCUCGAAGAUCCAAAUCACUGUGUGGAAAGUCUACCGGUUGUGGAUGAUCCACGAAUGAAUCUUGCACACUGUAAUGCAGAGCACUCGAUGCAUAAUGUAUAUGCAUCACAGUGUGAAGAUAGGCAAAGUGGAAUAAUUAUUCACGAGUAUGAUUCUAGAACAAGUUUUACAAACUCACAAAGUUUGGAAAGCAUGAGGAGGACUAGUUCCCAGCAUCAUUUAGGAGAAGACCCACGAUCUGCUACUCAAAGUCAUUUAUUGGAAACUGCUAGAGAUAGAAGUAAUGAAAAUCCUAGAUAUAAAACACCAUUAUUAGAGGAUCCUCGACAAGUUCAUAAUCACGGCAUAGAUGAUUCGAGAAGGCACAUAGCUCAUUCUUUCAGAGAUGAUGGAAGAAGAGAUCAUAGAAAAAUUGAUGAUUCCAGGAUUGGCGGAGAAAGACGCAGAGGAUUACUUCCUACACCACCAGGGUAUGAAAAAUGUAAUUAUAGAGGACCAUCAUCAAAUUCAAGAAGCCAUGUCCAAGACAUAUCUACUAGAUUUGAUCAGAGACCUCAGUUAAAUGAAAACAGAUGUAAUCCAUUGUUGAUGUCUCCUGAACAACAAAAUUGGGAUGCAACACAUUGGGUUAAUCCUGCAGCAUAUCCACAAACUCAGAAUGUUGAUAGGUAUCAGCAACAAUUGUAUCAUUCUAGAGAUGGUAGAGGGCAACCGAUGGCUGUGACACAAGAUGAACAGUUUUCUCCCACUGGCCAUUCUCAAGGUUAUCAGUGGAACUCUGGCAAUAGUCUUAAUACACAACAGGCAGUGCAUGGCAAUUUUAUGUCUGGUUAUCAAGUUCAGCCUAGAAUUGAUCAUGUUCCAGAUUAUCAAUCAAAGUCACGAAUUCAACAUGCUGAUCCUAGAUUACACAAAGGGGAACGUUCUGAAGCUUCUCCAGACAUGCGAACUGGAGAUCCUCGCUUACCUCAUUCAGAUCCUAGACAUUCCACUUCGUUUUCAGGUUCCAGGCAACCAUUGCUUCCAGGGAUUGCAAGAUUAGCAUCAGUAUCAGAAAGAGAUCCUCGGAGGCGUAGUGUGGAUGAAGCUGAUGUGUCCAGAAAACAUGUAGAAGACCAAGAUGAUAAGAAAAAACGACAAUCAGAAUGGCGUGCAAGUAGUAUGGCCAGCAGAUUUGAAAUGUUUAAGAAAUCUUUAAGUGAGAAGGAAAGGAAGAGAACUAGUAGUGCAGAACAAAAUAGAAGUAGAGAAGAUAACACUAAAAAUCUUCCUAAGAAAGAAUCCACUGCUAUUUCUUCUCCUCUUGACUGUUUAUACGGUACAACUGCAGUAGCCAAGACUGGCAAAGGGUAUGGAUUUCAGAAUUUUCGUAUACCAAAAAUUAAGAGAGAUCUCCCUUCCAGGCCAAGACCACCUACUCCUCCACGACCAGCUCCUCCCAAAGAAAACUUUGAAGUUACAAAGAAAGAAAAUGAUGCUGGUGUUGUACAGGCUCAUGUAGACAAUGAUGAGAACAAAGAUAAGGAUACUGGUUUGGUUGAACCAAAAGAAAUCGAACCACAAACAAGAGAAGUAACUCAGGAGUUAAUAGAAGCCUUGAUUAGAAAAUCUUUUGAAUCAGGUGAAGGAAAGAAACUUUUUGAGCAUGCAAAAUUUUUCGAAACUUUAAGUGAAAGUUUAAAAAGUAAAAAAAUGAGGAAAAUUAAACGAAUUCUAGAGUCUGAUUCAGAGGAUAGUGACAGUGAUAGAGCUAGCAAAGAACAAACGAAGGAAAUAAAAGAAAAACAAAGAUCAGAUGAUGAGAAAUUGAUGAAAACAAAGGAAAUUAUUAAAUCAGAUUCUGAUGAUGAACCUUUAGCUGAAAAAUUGGUAGUUAAAACAAAGAAUGAUAGCAGUUGUGAGAAAAUUGAAUCUGUCAGUGAUAAACUAGAAGAUACUAACAUUGAAACUGAAAGUAAGGAGAGUUCUAAGGAAUUGGAAGAAACUGUAUCUGAGAAGGUAGCUAAAGAUGUUGAUAGCUGUGAGAAUGAAGUGACUAAACCUGUGAAAAAAACAGCAGCAAAACGUCGUAAUUCCUUAGAACUAUUGCAACAAGAUGUCAGGGACAUGUUUAUUCGGGAAGGUGUGGUCACUGCUACAGGGUACCGAAUGUGUAGACUUUUGAAAGAGGUUCAGUGUGGAGCAUCAUUAGAAGAGAUCUCAAAGAAUGAAGCCCAACGAAUGGAAAAUGAGGCAGAUGGAGAAUCUGAUUCUUCAUCGGUAUUAGGUAAGAAAGAGAAAAAGAAUGAAGGAAAUAUGAAGUCUAAAAAGAAGUUCGUUAGUGGUUCCAAACUAAACAAAAAGAUGUCAAAAAGCAAUGUUGAGGUGCUUUCUGAUAGUGAUGCUCCAGUUCCUGCGGGUUCUAAAAAGAGGACUAAAAGAAAUAGACAACUCAUUGAAGAUUCAGACAGUGAUUCUUCAGUGAGUACUUUGAGUAGAACAAGCAAAUCAAAAACUUCUGGAAUCCGUUUAGAAUCCGAUAGAGAAAUUGUUAGAAGACGACGUGUUCCUCGAAUUAUUUUGGAAAAAACUGACAUUUCCAAAUAUCGUUCAAAUUUGACUAGGAGUCACAUUGAUAGUGAAGAAGAGAGUGAAGAUGAAAUCUUCAUUGAAACCGAAACAAAGAAGAAAAGUGUUCUGAAGCGAAGUUAUUCUAAGAAAAAGGAAAGUAAGAAGACCGGAAAGAAACUGUUGGAAGAGGAUGAUGAAUUCUUUAAUAGGGAGCCAUACAUGUUCAAAAGAAAAAAGGAAAAGAAGGCUCAGCCAUUUUUGAACAAGAAAAUUGAUGAUUACAUUCCUAGACUUCACAAGGCUGAAAUUCCUAACAUAUCAAUCAUUGAACUAUUUUUUAUUGAUAAAAAACCUGUUACUGACACUUCUUUGACAUCAGAAAAUGCAGAUGCAGUAGAGAAAAAUCCUGCUUCUCUGGCAGAUGUUGCAUCAGAUUUGAAUUCUGAUGUUACUGCUAAUGAUGCUGAUGAUGAGGAUGAUGAUGAAAGAAAAGAUUCUGCAUCAUUGCUGGAUCGUUUACAUAGAGAAAGAAAGGUAUGUCUUGAUGACACCAAUAGGAAUACUGAUAUAGACGAACAUAAUUCAGCUGUUCCAGUAUUUGAAACCAAUCCUGAAAUUGAAUUGAUAACUACAGAUGAUCAAAGAGAUGAAAAUAUCUCUUUAAAUACACAUUCACCGAAGUCAUCAUUAAAAUUAAGUCUGGUGAAGAAGAAAAGUGUAGGCCUGAGAAAAAAGAAGAGUUCAAAAUGGCAAUUUGGUAUCAUAAAGAAGAAAUCAACUGUACAUAAAACAAAAUCGGAAGUGGAAAUUGGAGAAGUAAAAGAAGUUUAUCAGUUGACUGAAGUAGGAUCUACUGACAAUUGUUCUGCAAAUGCUGAUGAUGUCAAUGAUGAAAAAAACUCAAGUGAUGUAGGCGUUGUUCAAAGCACAAUGGAUGUUACAGUUCAAUAUGAAGUUGAUUCUUUUGGAGAAAAUUCUAGCUACAAGGAAGUAGAGAAUACUGCAAGACUUGAGAAAGAAAAAAAUAACAGAGAACCUACUGAAUCUGUGAAUUUUACCAAUAUUGACUACGCAUUUCAUUGUGAAGCCAAACAAACUGCUUGCUUACUGUGUUCGUAUGAAGGAAAAUCUAUAGUCCAGCAUUACAAGCAAAUUCAUCCUGAUAGUGAAGUUCUCAUUUCAAGAUUACCUAUUGAUGAAGCCUGCAGGGCUACUACAGAGGCAGAAGAAAAAGGUUUCAAUGAAAGCUCUUUUAAAGGAGAAAUAUUAGGCAGUCGUAAAGGCCAAGGUUCUUUUUUAUGUAGAUUUUGUAAUUAUAAAACUUCAAUUCCUGUUAAUUUGUAUGAACAUACAAGUUCUCACACUGGUGAGUAUCGAUACCAGUGUUGUAAAUGCCCGUAUAUGUCUGCUUCUAGAACAACAUUUAAGGGACAUUUUUAUAGUCAUCAUCCUAAAGUUAAAUUGAAACAAGGAUUAAAUUUGAAGGUACUCACUGCAGGGCCAUCUAAUAAUGCUAAAUAUAUUUUUGGCUAUUUGUGUUCCAAAUGUAAUUUUGUACAAUUACAGCACGAAAACCUACAGAAACACAUAUCUUUGAGGCAUGCAAAUGAUCAGGAAGUGAAAUCAAUUCGUAUUAAUAUGUCAAAAGCUAUUCCAAUGGAAUGUGCUGAGGCAUCUGAUGAAGCAGAUAGUUGUAUUGAUAAUUCAGAGAUUGUUACAGAUGAAGAUACUGGUGGUGAAAUGCACAUGGUUAAAGACAAUAUAGACUCUUCUAAUUCAAUAAAUGUUGAAGAAAAUUCUGAAGUAAAAGAUGACAUGAUAUGUUGUGUAAAAGAAGAGCCUGUUAGUGAAAAAAAACCAAAUCCUUUAGAAGCAUUUGUUCCCAUUUCUUUGGAAGUUGAUAAUGAUGAGUGCAUUAUUCUAGAAGAAAGAGUGAAACGUACACGUGAUGUUAUGAAGGAUGCAAAUUUGAAGGAUGUGUUGAAAAAUUUAAAAGAUGUCUCUGGAGCAGAUGAUGACAUUAUAAUUAUACUAGAAAGCAAAUUACAGAAUAUAAAACAGGAAAUGGACACAGAAAUGGAGAUAGUGUGUGAGAAUGUUUCUAAAUCUUUGGACUCUAUUAAUAAUAUCCAAGAUUUAGGUGCUGUAGUGAAGGAGGCAGCUAUUAAGGAGCCCAAAACAGAAAAUCAGAAUUCAGAAGAGUUGAAGAAUCAACCUAAUACUACAAUGGAAAGUUCAAAUGACGAUCCUUGUGAGAAAGGCGCACAACUGUUGUCAACAGUUGAGUAUGUUAAGGAAAAUACAUGCCUGUCAUCUGAUGUGGGAUUACCUGCUCCAGAAGUGCAAGAUUUAGAAAAUAAAAUCAAACCUGGUUUGAAGAAAACCCCAGAUAUUACAGCUGAACCAAGUAAGACACGUUCUUUGACUUGUAAACCAAGUAGCGGAGAUGAAGCGAAUGAACGUAGGAUAACACGUUCUUUAAGUAGGACUGAUGAUGAUGGGAGAUCUGUCAUGUCAGAUGAUUCAGGUGUUGAUGCAUCUAAUUAUGAAGUAAUAGAAAUCACAGAUGAGUCGGAUGUGGGAGAGGAAGAAAUGGACGUGGAAACUGUAAUAACGAGUGCAAAGUCUUUGCAGAAUGAUGCUGAUGAAGGUGUUUCUUUGCCCAGUGGAACUCUGAUUGAAAGAUUAGCAAAGCACAUAAUUUUCAAAGAUAAUGUAAAGAGUUUUGAAGGAGAUAAUAGUGUUCAACAAGAAGAGAGAAAAUCGAAAAAUGAUUCUCUGAAACCACCACCAUUGGCUGCAUCUUUGGAUAAACAGUGUUUGGAAGAAAAGAAAUCUGUGACGAAGCAAUCGCCAGUGGUUAGUGUUGCUUCUCUAGAAGCCAGACGAUGUUCGAAUGAAUUAGUACUUUUUUCAUGUCUGGUGCCAUGUUGUGUAUUUACUACAGAAGAUGCAACUUCAAUGGAGAAACACCUUGCAAGGAGCCAUAAACCUAAUUGGUGGGAUGGAGUCUGUAGUACGUGUGACAAAAGAGUGUAUGGUGAUGGUUCUUUGAAGGGAUCACCUGUGGAACACAAGUAUCCAUUGAGUUUUGCGUUGGAUCACUUGCGAACAGUGCAUUUGGAUAAUUUGUCAAUACAAAAGGACUUGCAAGCAUCAGAAUGUGCAUUGCCAUCUAUUGUUGAAUGUAGUUCUUUGCCAUCAAUUAAUACUGUAUGGACAUCAGAACUUCCCAUUGAACUGCAAGAUGUGGCAGAUGGAGACAAAACAUUGGAAAGCAGUGAAGAAGCAACUCCUCAGGCAGAGCCUAGAAAGACUGACCUUAGUGAAACAAAAGCUCCAUUUCCGUACAUACGCACCAGGCGUCUAAGUGGUGAUAAACUCUCUGCUCCACCUACUUCUGAGAGUAAAGCAUUAACUCCUUUGGACACUUCAAGUGACACUUAUGUUGAAAAUGAUGGUAAUGUGCCACCAGAUGAAGGUGAUGGUGGUGACGAUGAUGAAUUACCUUUCCUGAAAAUUGAAAGUGUGGUCAACAAUGCGUUCCUUGAUCCCAGUGUAACGGAUUCCGAAAGCAGCCCUGUUGCGGAGACUUCAAAUUCACCAUUAAGCAAUAACUUUGUGGAUAUUGGUCACUGCCCUGGUAAUGUGUCUAAACAGCCAGUAGUUGCUUAUGCUCCAAAAUUGGUUGCAGUUCCAGGAUCACCUGUGAAGAAACAGCUUCAAUUAAUUCCUGUGGCUCCAGCAACAAGAGGAACUAUUGCUGUGGUUCCAAGUACACUGCCGUCUACGAACAUCCCUCAGCCUCUAGUAAAUCUGGCUCAACUUAUUCGUCCUGGAACACGUGUAGUUGUUCCCAAAGAGAGUCCGUCUGUUGCUGCUGCUCCAGUUCAAUUUGUAUCUUCUAAUACUAAGAAGAAAAUGAUAUUAUGUGGCAAUAAAACAUUGCCCAACAUUCUUCCAAAGCCAACUUCAACAUUCAUUAUUACUAGUCCUGGGAAAUCAACAUCCUCAGCUGUUGUUCUUCCUCCCAGCAUUGUUACUUCCAGUUCUCUGGGAUCUGGCAUUGAACUUCCUCCUGUUUCAACAUCAGUUGCAUAUACACCACUAUCCCUUUUGAAAAAAUCCUAUUCUGGGGCUGUAAGUUCUCUGACACCAGACAAUACAGUUGUUAGGUUUGUUGGUGAUAGUUGUGCCAGAACUUCAUAUUUUGCUUAUAAGCGUCGGAAGCAACAGAGGCCUUCACUGAAGAGUACAAGAAAAAUACUUUCACAUAAACUUUGCAAAGCCUUUGAACAAGCCAAGGCAUCGAAAAGCACACCAGCUUACCAAAGAAUGUUAAUACAUGAUAAACUUCGUCAGCUAUUCAAGUGCAUGGCAAAGCAUUGUACGUUCACAUCAGAGUCUCCUAAGUAUUUUGAAGAGCAUUGCUGGAAGCAUGUUUAUUUAUUCCAAAAAUUGAAGCCUGAUAAUUCUGAGAGAAGUGAAGGAGGGACAGGAAAUGAUUGCCCAGGACAAACAUCUGAAGAUUCUGAUGUGGCAAUAAUGAGGAAAAUAGAGGCUGGGGCUUGGCCGCAAUGUGCAUACUGCUGUACUCUUCAUAGCACCCCUAAAAGUUUGAAUUCACAUGUGCAAGAAGAGCAUGGGCAAUGCCUCUAUCAAUGUGCUUACUGUUUUUUCAGAGCAAUUGCCUAUUCAUAUGUGGUUUUGCAUCAGAAUACAAAUCAUACGGACAUGAGGAUUACAGUCUUGCUUUGCCGUAAAAUAUCACAGAUAUUACCUCCAGUAAAUCAGCAUCCUGCUCGAAAAGAAGUUGUAUUACCAUAUGUGUGUGUUCAAGGUAAUUGCGGGAUGCAUUUUUAUAACCCUGCAGCUUUUUGGAGACAUUUGGAAAAUGCACAUGCAAAUAUGACUUGCUAUUUUUGUCAUAUGUGCGAUGGUCAGUACGUCAAACCUGAAAAACUUCUUAUGCAUUAUAAGUUGCAUUGCUUUCAUUAUUAUCAGUGCCACUUUUGCUUGCAUGGGUCGGACACAAAAGAAGACAUGCAACAUCAUUUAUGUAAUUUUCAUCCUAAUCAAAAAGCUAUUGUAACAAUGAGGGAUAGUGAUCCAAACAUGCCUGCUAUGGGUUCAGAAGAGGAAAGAUCUCUUGAUUUUUUGAAAACCAUUGAUCUUGAUGUUGAUCACCGUGAGGAAAGUUUGCUGUUUCCUCCUGUUCCUUCAACAGAAUAUGCAGAGACUAGUGUUGAAUUCUGGAAAAGUUACAAAGCUUUUGCUGAUGAAAACCCAUCCAUUAACACUUCCGAUAGUAGUUUGCUAUUACCAACACCAUUGGGAGUGAAUGCAAUAUGUGUUCUACCUGCACCUAAAAAUAGUUUCUUUGUUGCCAAAGAUGAUUCUCAAAGUUGCGAGUAUAGUAAUAUGUCAGUACUUCCUGAAGAACCAUGUAAAACCAGUGGAAGCAUUAGUUUUGCAUCUGUUGAUGCAUUGGAGCAAAUUACCAGCACAGACUCUACAGUUAUUGAUACUGCUGACCAAGUUGAGAAUAUUGUUGGGGAUUCAGAUUUUGAAAUUAUGCCAAAUAAAAUGAGUGAUUCUACUGAUUCUGCAAAAAAUGAUCUUAAUAUUGAUCCUUUAGAGUCAAAUAAAGCAUUGAUCAACCAGUCCUCUCUGAAUAAGAGUGAUAAUCAUGAGGUAAUAGUUAUUGAUUCAUCAGAUAUGGAUGAGGAUGAUGAUGAUAAUUAUUCUGAACCACCUGCUGGGGAAGGAAAUAAAGUGCCUUCUACUUCUCAUUCUAAAACACCAGAGAUUGAUGAUUCUGACAGUGAUGUAAUAUUCAUUGGCAGUGAUGAAGAAGUUGUCCCUCCCAAGAGAAAAAAAAUUGACUUUGGAAUUCCAUUGUCAGAAUCUGAUCCAAAUUAUGAGCCAGUUGUAACUCUAAUGCAUAGAAAUCCAGAAACAAAAGCCCGAAUUGAAUCUGCUGUUGAUCCUUUAGCACCAGACCCCCCAGAAGAAAAAGUACAUUUGAAUUCAGGGGAAGGUUCAUCCAAUAAUAUUUUAGUUUCUCUAGAUAAUGCAUGUGGCACAGAGUUACCUACUUUUGAAAAGGAUCAAGAACAGAAACAACAGCAGGAUCAAGAGGUUCAGCAACAACUGUUUGAACAUCAACAGCAGCACAAACAAGAGUCAGAGCUCCAGCAGCAGCAACAACAACAACAACAACAACAACCACAACAACAACCACAACCACAACAGCAGCAGCAACAACAACAACAACAACAACCACAAUUAGAACAAGAGCAGCAGCAGCUGAAGAAACAUAAUAGCACAGAGAGAUCAAAAGGAGAUUCAGCCUGCAAAAAUUUCAUUGAUCCUGAUAUCUUGGCCCAGAGUUUAAUUACUCCUGAGGAACUAGAAAAGACUGGAGCAUCUGGUGAACGUCUGUAUCGAUGUGGUAAUAUUACUUGCACCUAUGCAGCAAGUACAUCUAACCAGUUGCGUGAUCAUUUGCUUCUUUGUGACUUGUCAAGGGAUUCUGCUGGUCUCACAUGUGUACAUUGCCAACGACCGUUUAAACAGAUUGCACCAUUUAUGGAACAUUUGAAACACCAUGGGACAUGUCGAUACAAUUGUUUUUUAUGCAAAUUUCGAGCUCCUCUUCCUCAACAAGUUAUUAAACACCUUAAACAAAAACACCGUAUUUACAAUUCUAUUGUUCUUCCAGUAAAUCAACAAAACACCAAUCCUGAAUCAGAUCUUUUUGUUGUUUGUUCAAAGGACAAAACAAGACCAAAAGUAGUGCCACAUUUUCGUAACAAACGUAUUUUCAACCCUGAUGAAGUGAAUUUUUUACCAAUGAAAUGCAUAUCAUACCAUCCACUUACAUGCAAUGUUUGCAACUUCCGUUCAAAAGUUGUGAGCAAUAUACGUCGACAUCUAAAUUUCCACAAUAAUAAAACUAUGAACCCUGAUGAAAUACCUAUGAAUGAUCCUGUUAACCCUGUGCCACACUUAGAGAAAAAAGAAAUGAUGUUUGAUAAAAUGACAAAUCUUGCUGCCAGUUCACAUCCUCUUGGACGUAUGGGAGGCAAACCAAUUUCAAGUGCAUGUUCAGGAGGAAUUCCAGAACAAAUAACUCUUCCAAAAUUUGUUCCAGAACAUGAACGCUAUGUGUGUGGAUCUCUUGGUUGUAAUUAUCGAACAUGUGAUGAAACUAUGUUACGUUACCACAUGCGGGCUUUGCAUUGUGAUGAAAUAUCAUAUCGAUGCCCUCAUUGUCCUGAAUCUAUGCAGAAAGAUCUUAAUGGAUUGGCAAUAUCUAUUGACCGAAUGGGAGCACAUUUGAAAAUGCAUGACAACAAAUUGUACAAGUGUACUCAUUGUACAUACUUUCAUUUUCAGAGGCACAUUGUAGAACGUCAUUUAUCUGACAAACAUCCAGAGAAAAGACCAUUUGUUCAGGUUGUGAGGGAGGAAGGAGAAGUUCCAACUACAUCAAAAUUGGACACACCAUGUACUGAAGGUGAAGGGAACUCUCAACCAAAUACAGGCUUUUGGAUGUGUGGUUUGUGCAAGGCACAAUAUGCUACACGAGCUGAAGUAUAUGAACACACUGCCGCUGCUCAUAACAUUAAAAGUCAGUACAAAUGUAAUGUGUGUACAUUUAGAUCUUCAUCAAAACCCAAUUGUGAGUCUCACUUCUACUCUCGUCAUCCGGGUUUGGAAUUAGAUCUUAUAACAGUUUGUCAGCGCAUUGAUGGUGAUUCUCUUGAUUCACCAUCAGCCUCUCAAAGUAACAGCUCCACGACUACCACCUCUAUUGCUGAAUUGCCUUCAAAAAGAUUUGAUACAACCCCUCUAUGGCUGAGAAAUAUGGUGCGCAUUAGGCAUAUUCGUGGUGUUCUUUUGGAAGAUGAGGAAGAAACACGUAUGCAUUUGCAAAAGUUGGAUGAAUCCCAGUCCAACAAAAAACCACCUAAAGUUAAGGAGUUGACUCAGACUCCAACAAGUUCCCGAGCACCAUCUCCAGAACCAGAAGAAUCAGAUCAAUUGGAACAAAAGUUUGCUCCAUAUGGAAAACCCAUUUUGGGAAAUAUGUUUUUCUGUACAUUAUGCAAUAAAUAUAAAACUAGGUUCAAACAAGAUAUGAAAGAUCACCUUUACCGGGAGCUUAAUUAUGUCAAGUGGAUGUGUGGGCAUUGUAAUUUGACCUCUUGCAAUAAGCAUCAUGUCCAGAAACAUUCUAAAGUUCAUGAGAAAGAAGGUAAACUUGAAAAUAUUGUUGCUCUCCAACCAGAUGAUGACGUUGAAUUGUGGGUGGAGCGACUUUUAAGUAAACAACAUAAUAGCAUGAAAGGUAUUCCUGAGGGAACUAUCAAACCUGCAUUACCUACCACCAAAGUCAAAGUCAACCCUGUUUCUGCACCUGCAUCUGUUGGAACUGUAUCUCUGAUAAAAUCAACAAAUUCAUCACCAAAUAGUAAAUUUGGGUCACCAGUAAAAGGAAUUGAAUCUAGAGAUGAUAAAGGAGAAUCAGAAGAUAUUUCUUUAACUUCCAUGAGACAAAAUGCCCAAAAACGUAAAUUUGUUGAUAUAGUUAAAAGUGAUUUGGAAGGUGAUGAGGAAAAAGAAUUGAAGAAGAGCAGCUUAUCACAUGAACUGGAUUAUGAAAUUAAAGAUAAUCAUGAUGAUUUAUGUAGAGAAAAUGCGGUUUUGGAAGGUAUUGCCCCCAACCUUCCAAGAUUACCAGAAAAAGAGAAAGUGCUGAAGAAAUUUAAAUGCAAAGAUUGUAAAUCUGCAUUUUCUGUUGUGAAGGGUUUAAAAUUACAUUUACACAUGUGGAUAUUGUGAUCGAACUGCUUUUUCUGUAAUGGCCAUUAAGCAUCAUUGUAAGUUUCAUCAUCCUGGUCAACCAGAGAUCGUCAAUUACAAUAGAACUGCUUCUGGCAUUAAACUUGACGAUGAAUUUUGGGAAAAAGAGUAUGGCAUCAAACCCAAAAGUGAAGAAUCUAAAAAGAACCAAACAGCGUCUGGUCAAUCUCUUCUUUCAAAAACUGUUACGUCUUCAAAUUCAAGUUCCACAAUUCCAGCUGAGGCAGCUGUUGCUGCUUCUCAUGUUGCAUCUUCCUCCAAUCAAAUACCUGUCAAGGUUACAAAUUCUUCUGUUAUACAAGCAUCUUCCCACUCUGUCACCUCUGUAUUACCAUCCUCAGACUCAGCUUCUGCCUAUAAGCUAUCUACAGUUUCAUGUGAUUCUUCUAAUUUAGUUGGAGAUAAAGGAACUUCUGAAGAGGCAGAUGAUAUUAUUGUUAUAGAUGAAAUUGCUAGGAAGUGUGCACAUUGUGAAUAUCGAUGUAAAAGUGCUAGUGACCUUCGAAGCCAUGAAAUGAGGCAUUGGGUUGAAAAACCUUUAAAAUGUGGUCAUUGUGAUUUUGAAGCUGUUCGUGAAUACGAAAUUAAGAAACAUACAGCGAAAAUACAUCCUUCUAAGAAAGUACGGGUAAUUCAAAAACAGCUGCCAAGUACACCUGAAAUUAAGCCUUUGCAAAGAACCCGAAAAUCGAUGUACCAUACUGGUGUGUCCUCAAAUAAAAUUGACACAUCAGAAAAUGCUGAUAAAAGUAGUUCUGACCUUGUGGAUACUUCAAUAGAGAGUACUGUCAGUGUUCAAGAGAGUACUGGCAGUAAACCAGAGGAAAUUCCUACAGAAGACAGGAAAGUGUAUCGUUGUUUUUAUUGCCCUCUUCGAGCAACCUCGUUAGGAAUUAUUCAUCAACAUUGGGAGAAGGUGCACAAAGAAAGAGUGACAGCAACUGGUGUGUCCAAAAAUAUUUUGCCUUUUAGAUAUAAGGAAGUAAAUUUGAAUGAACUUCUUAAAGGCCGAGAAACUGCACGUAAAAGGAAAUGGACGGUGUUCACCUGUUCAUACUGUAAUAAGAAAGGCACUUAUCAAGCUCUCCUUGUUCAUCACAAUGCAGUUCAUCCAGAUAAAAGUGUGAAAAUAUUUAAAGUUGUUACCCAGUAUGAAUGUGCAGAAUGUAAAUUGGUAACUUUGGCGUCAAUAUCACUUCGGAAACAUUUUGAAACUACUCAUCCUGGAAAAGAAUUCCGAUAUAUGGUGCAGACCUCAAUGCUUCCAGCAGAAGUUUCGGAUACAAAUUUACCUUCCACUGGGGAAAGCGCAAGGCCUGCUAAUUCGGCAUUGCCUAGUAAUGACUCACCAUUGUCAGGUGUCCCUGAAAAGAAAUCUACCUCUAAAGAAAGUCUUGUGAAAUACAUCUGUGGUUGGUGUUCUGAAACAUGUUCUUCUGAAGGAAAAAUGAAUUUUCAUCAUACUAUGUAUCAUUCGCACUUGGAACAGAAAUUCUCUGUCGAAAAUAUAACUAAUUCCUUGGAAUCCUCUAACACAAAAAUCAAAACUUUCUUCAAAUGUCCAAAGUGUAGUUUCAAAGCGUCUUCAUUUGAGGAAAUGUGUGAACAUUUGCGAAAGCAUUCUAAACCUUUUAAGUGUGGAUACUGUGGUCGUUUAUUUGAAUUACCCCUCCAAGUUCGUACUCAUAAUACAGUUAUGCAUUUGAAUCUACCUCCAAAAAUUAUAUCUGUGAAAGAUGAUUUAUCUAGUUUGAAAGCUCAGGUCAUUAGUAUUGAAGAAGAAGUAGAUGCUUCACAAUAUCCUGAGAGUGCAUCGAGAGAAAAAAUAGUUUCCCCUGAAGAGUUGGAUGUUCCACGGAAGAAGCAAAUGAUUUUUGGGUUUGCUCGAAAGUCUACAAGUAUGAAGCAAAGAAUUUUCUCUGUUGCUCGGAAAUCAACAAAUCCAUCUCCAUAUCGUAAUUCCAAGCAAGAAGAAUUGCUUGCAUCAUCAGAGUCGGGCAGUUCACGUGCUGAUUCACCUCCAUUGUUGGAAGAGUUUUCGUAUUAUGGACAGAAAGUUUCUCCUCUAGACUGGAAGAAAAUUAGAACUACUGUUAAUUAUGGUGGUGUGCAUGUGCAAGUGAAUGUUGAGACUAUGUCUCAGAUCUUCAAUUUGAAGCCUAUUGUUGUAGUGAAAGAUCUUAAAACUCAAUGGAAGGUUUGACAGGAAUAUACUUUUGAAUUGAGAGACUAUGAAACAACAUCUCUGAUAUUUUCAUUAGACCAUGACUAUUGUCUCUAAAAGGUAAUGCAGAGGAAAAGCAAUUUUCUAAGCUAUAAUUGCUAGGUGCUAAUGCUUUAAGAUUGUGUUGGGAUCUGAAGUGUAAAUAGAGAUGAAGUGUGCUUGUAAGGAUGUAAAAGACAAGAAUGGCAUGCAUUUUUGCUAAUAGGUAGAAAAUUUAUUAUUGUGAUUUUCAUAAUUGCAGUGUUUUGUUUUACUGUUUCACUAAUUGGUGAGGUUCUCAAUUUUGUUAUAUAAACAGAAGCCUGGAGUCUGGAGAUAGGUAAAACACAACCUAAAUGUGAAUUUGUGUUGUACAUAGAAUAUAUUUAAUUGACAAUUAAAUGUUAAUAUAAGAACAUUGACACCAAAAUUAGUACUUACUCAUACUUGUUUUGUGGUGUUAAAUCAUUUUCACUAUUUUUGUUUGUAUCAUUAAUGAAAUAUGCACUGUGAAGCAUACUAGUGUGUGCCUGUUUGUGUAUUUAUAUGGUGAAGACAUUGUAAAUUGUAAUAAGAUAGUUGUAAUUUUUAAUGUAUUUUUUUAAUCAGUGAAAACACUGAAUUGAGUAGUAUUAACUUAUCAUUUUUGUAAUUCAGAUUCAGUGGGUUCCUUUGCAUUACUAGCACAUUCAGUCGACAUGGUAUUUUCAAACUAGAGUUGAAUAAUUUAUAUAGUAUAAUUAGGGAGAUUCCUCUGUUCAAAUCUAGUUCUUUGUAUAUCAGAAAAUUACAUCUCUUGACAUAUUAUUAUAGGAGUUUGUAAUUGGUUAUACAAAAUUCUUUGUUAUAAAAGACUUGAAAAUGCAUGUUGUUCUUGUCACGUAAUGUAAGUUAUCUUUAUUCAUGCGUGUUUCUGAAGAGUGUUAUUACAUUUGUACAGUUUGUUUAUUAUUGUACAUAGAAGAAUGAAUCUAGCUUUAAGUUAUUUAUCAUUGUCACCACCAUCAACAUCAUUAUUAUGCCAUAAUAAAUUGUUAUGGCAUCUUUAUUCCUUAUUAUUUUUGUGAAAAUACAAGCAAUUAUGUUAUUAUUUAUUUGUCUUCAGUUUGUAUUUUGUUCUUCGUAACAUCAGUGAGCUGUACUGAGGUAUUAUUUUAUGUAGUUGAGACAUUGUUUCAGUAUUUAAGUAAAUAGUAAACAUUGUCUAGUUUGUAAGGCAAAACACUUUGUAAUAUAAUAGAAGUUUUGCCUAUAUUUUGGACAUUCAUUACGUGGAAAUUUUAUCUUUGGUUUCAUUUCAAUAUUUCAUCAAAAGCAUUCCAUCAACCCGUGUAUGAAGACUGGUUUUUAUGUACAUACAUUCAUUAUUUUGUUCCAUCAAAUGUUAUGUAUGUGAAAAGAAAAAAAAAAAAAAACAUUUAAAUAUUCUCAAUGUAAGAAUAAAUAUUUUGAAUUUUUU